UCCAGUAUCAUAUAUCCCCAGAAUAGAAAUGGAGAACCCCAGUAUAACCCUUGUGGAAAAUACAUGGUCAAAUUCAACAUAAACGGGGUCCAUAGGAAAGUUAUCAUAGAUGACUUCUUACCAAUGGGGUACGAUGGGGAAUUGUUGUGUUCAUUUUCUGCCAAUAAGAAUGAGUUAUGGGUGUCGCUGCUAGAGAAGGCAUACCUGAAGGUGAUGGGAGGGUAUGAUUUCCCUGGCUCUAACUCAAACAUAGAUCUGCACGCGCUUACCGGCUGGAUCCCAGAACGCAUUGCCAUCAGACCCAACAAUCCAGAGUUUAACAAGGAUAAAGAAUUCACCAAAAUUAUGGACCGCUUCCAUAAAGGCCACUGUCUGGUUACCGUGGCAACAGGGGAGAUGUCUGAUGCAGAGGGAGAGCGGGCUGGUCUUGUUCCCACUCAUGCGUACGCCAUGUUGGACAUUCGUGAAAUCAUGGGUAAGAAGUUGAUGCAGUUAAAGAACCCGUGGAGUCAUCUGUGCUGGAAGGGGAAUUUCUCUGAGAGGGACACCACAAACUGGACACCUCAGCUCCAGAAGGCCUUGAACUUUGACCCCAAGAGUGCUCAGAUGAUUGACAAUGGUGUAUUUUGGAUAGACUAUGAGUCCAUAUUGAGGUUCUAUGAUGUGAUCUAUGUGAACUGGAAUCCAGAGCUUUUUGGACAUACAACUUGCUACCACCACACAUGGACAGCCAAAGAAGGUCCCAAGAAAGAUGUAUACAACAUAGGAGAUAAUCCCCAGUAUCGACUGGAGUUGAAGUCAUCACACCCAACCAAAGCUGCUGUCUGGAUACUGAUGACUAGACAUAUCAAGGACAGGGAUGAUUUUGCCAACAACAGAGAAUUCAUUACUGUUUUAGUUUACAAGGGGUCAGGAAAGAGAGUAUUUUAUCCUUAUGACCCUCCGCCAUACAAAGAUGGCGUCCGAAUCAACAGCCCGCAUUAUCUAUGCAAGAUGCUGGAGGAUGUGAACGGCUCCUCCACGUACACGCUGGUCACGUCGCAGUAUGAGAAGAACAACACUAUUCACUACACACUGAGAGUGUACUCUACCUGCGAGUUUGUCUUCAGCAAGAUCAUGGAACCCUAUAAUCCAAAAUAUGAGAAACAGUUAACAGGGCAGUGGAAAGGCAGGACAGCAGGGGGCUGUGGUAACUAUCCAGACACACACCAGUCUAAUCCAGUCUACCAGCUCAAGUUAGACACGGCCGAGAACUACCUUCUUAUUGAGCUCAGAGGACCAAAGCAAUACAGUGUUGGGUUUGAAGUUUUUGCAGUGUCUUGCAAUGAAUCAGCAGGCAGCUUCCAGAAAAAGACCUCUGGAGAUUACAGGAGAGGUUUCUGUGUUCUUCAGUUGGACAGUAUACCUGGUGGCAUUUAUAACAUAAUGCCAUCCACAUUUUAUCCAAAAGAGGAAGGACCUUUUCUUCUCAACAUUAGCUCAUCCAACCCAUUUACAAUAUCACAACUACAGUGAUCAUGUUAUAUUGGAAUAGAAGUCUUGGAUUAUGACAAUAACUGGGAGGACAACAGGGAUUAUUCCGAACCAGUUUUAAUAGUUAAAAUGCAGAAAACCUUAAGACUAAAAGAAAUUGUUUCAGUUUCAUUUCUUGACAAAAGACCACAUCAGGCUGUGGGGGUGUGGGCAACAUUUUCUCAGAAAAAAAUCCACAAAAUUGAAUGCUUUUGUGAAAAAUGGCCAAAAAGGCUUAAAUUGAAAAAGAGGAAUAACAUUCAUGUGAGGAUUUCAUCGCUCUGUCAAAUGGUUCUUUGCAUAUGGUGAAUUUGAAUUAUUUUGCAGUAGGAUUAUAAAAAGAUUAUCAGCUUCCACCAGCAAAUCCAUAAUUUCAGAUUGGGGAGGGUGACAUUUACGUGUUCAUGACCCUAUUAUAUACAUGUACAGUACAUUAAAAGACUGUUUCAAAGUCAGAUAGGUUUUUAUUACCGAAGAAACAUACAUUUUGUAACAAAUUUUCUAUAUGCUUCUUGAAUCGGGGGUUUUCAUGAUAUGACAAUGUCACCAUUUAUACACAAUGUCACCAUCAGUUGCAGUCCAAAUUUAUACAAAAUUUUACAAAGUAACUCUAUAUGAAUUCUUGUGUGCAUUUUGAAUUGACUCUACGAGAGUAUCAACAACAAUCUUUCCGCUGCUUUGGUUUAUUCAAAACUUCAAUCUCAAUUAUUUUCUUACUAAAUGAAAGGGUUAUUGAGACAACCAAAAUAAAUAUGAUUCAGACAAGUGUUUGUUUUUAUGCUUUAUGAAUAAUGAUAUAAUAUCAAUAAUAUUAACACACAAUCUGUAAUGGCAUUAUUAGAAUUCAUGUACAUACCACACAUCUAUUAUUUUGGGUGUGCCUGUAUAAUAGGCAUGCACAUUGAACAAUAUUGAAAAGGCCAUGAUAUCUUUGGCAUAACAUUGCUUCUAUAAUGUAAUACAUGGAAUAAGUUAUUUGCUACAUGUCUUUUAAAAGAAUUCCAGGUGAUUCUUAUUAAAUUUUAUUUACCAUUUAUCACACUGUAUUAUAAUAAGAUCCUAACAUAAUUAUUGUGUUAUCAGUGCACAAUAGGUGAACAAUUAAUACUGUAAAUCCUAAAAUACCUGAAAUUAAUUUUUCUUUGACUCUGCUACUAACAGCAGCCUUGAUUCUUGUUCUUGAUUCUU